UUGGGGAAAAAAAAGGAACUGCCCAACCGGUUCAAACCGACCGAUUGGUGUGGUUCGGUAUAUCGAUCCCCUCUCUCGCCAUUACCACCAGAUUCAGAUCUUCCCCUCUCGCCGUCGUCCACUCGCCGUCGCGAUCAGAUCUCCCUCUCGCCGCCGUGUUCAGAUCCCUCACUCGCCGUCGUCCGUUCGCCGAUCGUGUGAAGUAAUCAAAGGGAGAGACCCAAUCGCGGGAAUCUCCGCAAUUGCUUCUCAGCAAUGGCGACCACUGCUUGUUUCAUCAUCGUCAGUAGGAACGAUAUCCCCAUUUAUGAAGCUGAAGUUGGAUCCGCUGCUAAAAGAGAGGAUUCUGCUCAGCUUCAUCAGUUUAUAUUGCAUGCGUCCCUUGACAUUGUUCAAGACCUGGCAUGGACUACUAGCGCUAUGUUCUUGAAAGCAGUCGAUAGGUUCAAUGAUUUGGUGGUGUCUGUAUAUGUAACCGCUGGUCAUACACGAUUAAUGUUACUUCAUGACUCUCGCAAUGAUGAUGGAAUCAAGAGCUUUUUUCAAGAGGUUCAUGAGCUCUAUAUAAAGACUAUACUAAAUCCCCUCUACUUGCCUGGAUCCCGCAUCACAUCUUCACAUUUCGACACAAAAGUCCGUGCGCUCGCAAGGAAGUAUCUCUAGUGCUCACCGUGAUUGCAGACCAGACGGGCUUGUGACGAUGGGCUUCAAAGUUUCUAGCAGCCUCAAGUUUCCUUCAAUUCCCUAUCAUUUUGAUCUUUGAUAUAUAGUCCCGACAUUAUUCGACUCGGCUCAGUAGUUAAAGUAUUAUUGCUCAUUGUGUAUUAUUGUCUUCAAUAUAACUUGAUUACGAGUAUGAAAUUGCACUUUACAGCAUUGAUGUAAUAAUGUCCUCCCCUCUCCCUUCCACUCAUCUCUUUAUAGUUGAGAGUAUUGUGUUUCAUAUUCCACAAGGCAUGGAUAUUAAAAUCAUGCCACAAAUAUGCUCAGGAGACAGCCCUUUUCUUUUAA